AUGGGAUCAAAGAAGAAAUUAGCUCAGAAGCUUGAACGUGCAACACAUGCAAACUCUAGAAGAACAUUAGCAGUUAUUAGAGAUAUCAAAAAAAUAAAUAAACGAGAUAAAAUUAAAGGCGAUUUUGCUACAAAGGCCAACAUUGAAGGCAAGAAGCUUUCAUUUUUUGCAGAGAAGAUAGAAGACAAAAAUGAAGCAUUAACAGCUGAAGAAUUCGAAGCAAUAAUUAACGAAUACUUUCAUAGAUUUGAUGAUGAACUUGAGCAAAUACAAUUAAAGACUCAAAUUAACAGCAGACGAAGAAAUCAACAUUCAAGUCGAGAAUCGAUCAUUAAAAUAACUCUCGAGAAAGAUAUCAACAAUUUCAAAGCUGGUGGCAUGGAACUCUUAGAUCUUUGCGACCCAAUUCAAUUUAAAGCUCUUAAAGAUUGGGAUGGCAAUGCUCACAAUAUUCAACAUUUAAAAAUGAAAUUCAUUUCGAAAAGUUAUCUUGACCAGCUCAAGUAA